AAGCAACACAUCAUCAUAGGCAACACCUUCAACAUGGACAACCACAAAAUUGCUCAAAUCAUAAUAUUUCUCAAUUUAGGAACUCUUCUUGUUACUAUAGCAUGUCCAUAUUGUGAGAUCCCUACUCCACCAAAGGUAAAACCACCACACCCCCCUAAGCCUCCGGCACCGACGCCAACGCCAACACCCCACGUCCCCAAACCACCGACACACCCGCCACAUGUAAAACCUCCGUACCACCCCAAGCCAACACCCACCGUCCCGCCAAAGGUGAAACCGCCUCCGGUGGUCAAGCCACCACCCCAUGUACCCAAACCUCCCGUAGUCGAGCCACCAGUCGUACCAAAACCACCCGUUGUCACUCCCACACCGCCUGUCGCGCCCAAACCUCCAGUCGUACCAAAACCACCUGUUGUCACUCCCACACCACCUGUCGUGCCCAAACCUCCAGUCGAACCAAAACCACCCGUUGUCACUCCCACACCGCCUGUCGCGCCCAAACCUCCAGUCGUACCAAAACCACCUGUUGUCACUCCCACACCGCCUGUCGUGCCCAAACCUCCAGUCGAACCAAAACCACCCGUUGUCACUCCGCCUGUCGCGCCCAAACCUCCAGUCGUACCAAAACCACCUGUUGUCACUCCCACACCGCCUGUUGUGCCCAAACCUCCAGUCGAACCAAAACCACCCGUUGUCACUCCCACACCGCCUGUCGCGCCCAAACCUCCAGUCGUACCAAAACCACCUGUUGUCACUCCCACACCGCCUGUUGUGCCCAAACCUCCAGUCGAACCAAAACCACCCGUUGUCACUCCUCCGGUCACUCCCACGCCUCCCGUUGUCAAACCCCCACCACCAUCAGAAAUGCCGUGUCCACCACCACCACCAACGAUACCGCCACCACCACCAAAGGCAACCGACACGUGCCCAAUCGACACCUUGAAACUAGGUGCGUGUGUCGACCUAUUGGGUGGCCUGGUGCACAUAGGGGUCGGGCCAAGCGCCAAGGAAAAGUGCUGCCCGGUGCUCGAGGGGCUAGUGGGGCUGGACGCUGCCCUCUGCCUAUGCACCACCAUCAAAGCCAAGCUUCUCAAUGUCAACAUUAUCCUCCCCAUUGCCCUAGAAGUUCUUGUUGGAUGUGGCAAAAAUCCACCUCCUGGAUUCCAAUGCCAUGCUUAGUUAUUAAGUUGUUACAAGUUCUUUUCUGUUACAAAAUUUCCUAAUACUUUGUUUCAAAUGUUAUUGUUGUGUCUUGAUACCAUUACAUGGGAUCUUAUUCAGUUUUGAAAUCAAUAUUGAAUAAGAGACUACCUAGAUUGUAGACACACAAGUGUAUGCCUAUGUAUUUUUUCAAUUUCAGAAUGUAUGCUAGUGUAUACAGAAAUUUCAAUUUCAGUUUCGACAA